AUGUCGACUAAAGAAGAAGAAGUGCAACUUGCAACAGCGGCAACAACUGCGAACUCCAUUGAUGCAGUCCAAUACAUCUGGCGUUGUUGGCGCUAUCUCGGCAUGCACCCAACCAAGCGUUGUCGUUGGCUUUACUUAACCAUUUCAUUGCUGGUCAAUCUCUUCACGGGCAUCAUCUAUCCAUCAUUGUAUCUGGCAUCGUUCUUUUUGCCAAUCGAUUUCGACGAUAAACUCGCCAAUCUCAGCGUCGUGCUGCCGUUACUCUACACCGCAGGCAAACAGAUUAUAAUGUUCUACUACAUACAGACCGAAUUACCGAAUGCCGCACAACAUUUACACACGCUGGAUAGAUACGUUCAGCAACGACCGGAAGAUAUCGCAUACUUGCGACGCAUCAUGCGUUACUGCGCGUGGAGUUUCUUGACGGUUUUCAUCGGUUUCUGGACCGCUUUGAUUUUCUACGGGCUGCUUGGUAUAGUGCGUCACAGGCUACCCUUCGAGGGUUGGAUGCCUUUCGACUGGCAGAACUCCUUGGGCUUAUAUUUCCUGGCAGGCGUCAUCGAACUAUUUUCGGUGGGCAUACUGCUGACGAACGCUAUCUGUUGUGAUACCUACACGGUGGCAUACUUAUCGCUGCUGGUGGCGCAUUUGCGCAUCUUAAAUGCACGCAUUGAACGCUUGGGUGAAUGUCGGGAGAGAAGUGAGACGCUUCAUUACCAACAGCUUGUGGCGUGCGUGGAGCAACAUCGUGAAUGCAUGAGCUACUACAAAUGCAUACGCGGCUCUAUCUCCGGCACUAUCUUCGUACAGUUCUUUAGUACCGCUUUGGGGUUGAGCGUGCCGGCCGUCACCUUCGUCGGUGGCGAUUACACUUUGUCGCAAAUGAUGAAAUUUUUGAUAUUCUUCUCUGCUAUUAUCAUUGAGGUGGCGCCAUCUUGUUGGCUUAUGGACGAGAUCUUGCUGGAGAUGCGAAAAUUGACUAAUUCGAUGUUCUCAUGUCACUGGCAUCGGCAGAACUUGAAAUUUCGGCGUUCUUUGAUUAUUUUCAUGCAAAUUUCGCAGAAAGUGGAACCUUUGUUGGCUGGAAAUAUUGUGCCUGUCUCUUUGGAGACCUUUACAAAUAUAAUCAAAUUUGCAUUUUCGCUUUUUACAUUACUCAAUCAACUGAAAUCUUAA